AUGAUAUUGAAAUUCCACCCAGUUCACACAAAAAGACAUGACAUGAACAACUGAAGUACUUAUUCGCUGAAAAGCUGCUUUAGCAAGGUGUGGCGUGGGUGGUGGAGGGGGGCGUGGCUCAGCAGGAUGGAGACAACGGCUGCAUUCUGCUAUUACUUCAAGCACCCGUGGUCCCGUAUCACGGUGGCCUACCUAGUGGUCAUCUUCAACUUCCUCAUCUUCGCCGAAGACCCCGUGACCCACAGUCAGACGGAGGCGUACAUAGCGGUGGUGGGCAACUGUUUCUCUUUCCUUUUCAACAAGUAUCCCGGAGCGGGGUGGAGCGUCCUCAAAGUGGUGUGCUGGUUGCUGGCCAUUCUCACCGGGCUUGUGGCUGGGAAGUUUAUCUUCCACCAACUGCUCUUUGGUCGAUACCUGCGCUUGAAAGUCUUCCGUGAGGAUCACGGCUCCUGGAUGACCAUGUUCUUCACCACCAUCCUCUCCCUCUUCUUCUUCUCACACAUCUAUAACCUCUUCCUGAAGGCUGGCAGCAUGGAGUCUCUCAUGGUGACAGAUGCCAUGGGCAUCAGGAACGCGACCUUUAUGAAGAUUGCUGCAGUGGGCACUUGGAUGGGGGACUUUGUUACUGCGUGGAUGGUGACAGAUAUGAUGCUUCAGGAUGAGAACUAUCCACAGUGGGGGAAAGGCGCUCGAAGGUUCUGGAAACAAGGCAACAAUAGGAUUGUCCUUUUCUGGACCGUGCUGCUCUCCCUGACGUCAGUGGUGGUUCUCGCCAUCAGUACUAACUGGAUCUGCUGGGACUGCCUGAACCUAGGCUUCCUGCCCAGCGAUGAGGUCUCCAGAGCUUUCCUGGCCUCAUUCAUCUUGGUCUUCGACCUCCUCAUUGUCAUGCAGGACUGGGAGUUCCCUCACUUCAUGGGGAACAUGGAUAUAAAUUUGCCGGGACUGUCCACGGCGCAGUUGAAUUUCAAACUUCCCGUCUGCAAAUAUAUCAUCAAAGAGGAGUAUCGCAUUCAUAUCACAGGGAAGUGGUUCAACUACGGCGUCAUCUUCCUGGUGAUGAUUUUGGACCUGAAUAUGUGGAAGAACCAGAUCUUCUACCAGCCGUAUGAGUACGGUCAGUACGUGGGGCCCGGCAAGCAGAUCUUAAACGUGGAGAAGGCCGAAACACUUCGGAAGUUCAACCGCAGCACGUUGACUUACGAGUGGCGGGCCAAAAACGUGGACCCGAUCACCAACCGGCCCUACAUGGAGCAGGACCUGUCCCUGAACAGCCGCUACAUCGGCGCCAGCAUGCAAAUCAAGUGCCUGGCCUUCAUCCCCAGCGUGCUGGCGUUCCUCUCCUUUGGCUUCUUCAUUUGGUUGCUGGGCCGAUUCCCCGACCCGGAGCCCUUUGCCGAAAACCUAGACACGAGCUACGAGAGGAUGACGAGGAAGUCGCCGUGCGAGUACAGCAAAGAGGUGGGUGCCACCCUCGAGGAACCGCGGGACACCGGCGACUCGGACAGCCCGAAGCGCUCAGGGACGCCCGUGUCGCUAUUCUUGGACAGGGUGCACUUUGCCAAGACGCCUCCCGCCAGCGACGCCAUCUCCGCGGCAGCGCAAGAGGAACAUCCCGUCGUGGAUAUCGACCCCGAGACACCCGAGGAAUGGGACGUUUCUCACGACCUUCCGUUUCUCUUGUGGCUCGGGAUCAGUCAUGACGCCGCUGAGCCGCGCGAAGAAACCAACGUCUCUCACGACGUCGCCCAACAGUCGCCAUGACCUUGCCGACCGCAC